AUGCCCGUGCCCACGGAGGGCACCCCUCCCCCGCUGAGUGGUACCCCUGUCCCAGUCCCAGCCUACUUCCGCCAUGCCGAACCUGGCUUCUCCCUCAAGAGGCCUGGGGGUCUCAGUCGGAGCCUCCCACCCCGACCCCCUGCCAAGGGCAGCAUCCCCGUCAGCCGCCUCUUCCCUCCUCGGACCCCGGGCUGGCACCAGCCGCAACCCCGGAGGGUGUCAUUCCGAGGCAAAGCCUCUGAGACCCUGCAGAGCCCCUCGUAUGACCCCAGCCGGCCGGAGUCCUUUUUCCAACAGAGUUUCCAGAGGCUUGGCCGCCUGGGCCAUGGCUCUUACGGAGAGGUCUUCAAGGUACGCUCUAAGGAAGACGGCCGGCUCUAUGCAAUAAAGCGCUCCAUGUCACCGUUCCGGGGCCCCAAGGACAGGGCCCGCAAGCUGGCCGAGGUCGGAGGCCACGAGAAGGUGGGACAGCACCCACGCUGUGUGCGGCUGGAGCAAGCCUGGGAGGAGGGUGGCCUCCUGUACCUGCAGACAGAGCUGUGCGGGCCCAGCCUGCAGCAGCACUCUGAGGCCUGGGGCACCGGCCUGCCCGAGGCCCAGGUCUGGGGCUACCUGCGGGACACCCUGCUUGCCCUGGCUCACCUCCACGGCCAAGGCCUGGUCCACCUUGAUGUCAAGCCUGCCAACAUCUUCCUGGGACCCCGGGGCCGUUGCAAGCUGGGUGACUUUGGGCUGCUGGUUGAGCUGGGCACACCUGGAGCUGGAGAGGCCCAGGAGGGAGACCCCCGGUACAUGGCUCCCGAGCUGCUGCGGGGCUCCUACGGGACAGCGGCGGACGUGUUCAGUCUGGGUCUCACCAUCCUGGAAGUGGCGUGCAACAUGGAGCUGCCCCACGGUGGGGAGGGCUGGCAGCAGCUUCGCCAGGGCUAUCUGCCCCCUGAGUUCACCGCUGGCCUGUCCUCCGAGCUGCGUUCUGUCCUCAUCAUGAUGCUGGAACCUGACCCCAAGCUGCGGGCCACAGCCUCAGCCCUGCUGGCCCUGCCCAUGCUCAGGCGGCCUCGGCCCUGGAGCGUUCUGUGGUAUGUGGCUGCUGACGCUCUCAGUCGAGGGUGGGCCCUGUGGCAGGCCCUGCUCUCCUUGCUGUGCUGGCUCUGGCAUGGACUGGCCCACCCUGCCAGCUGGCUGCAGCCCCCAAGCCCCCCAGCCACCCCACCUGGCUCCCCACCCUGCAGCAUCCUCCUGCACAGCAGCCUCUCCAGCAGCUGGGAUGAUGACAGCGUAGGGCUCUCACUCUCUCCGGAGGCCGUCCUGGCCAGGGCUGCCGGGAACACCUCCACCCCCCGCAAUGGCUCCCCUGCCCCCCGGAACAGGUACUCACUGAGGGAAGCCCUGGACCUAAGUGACAUUGACUCUGAGCCCCCUCGGGGUUCCUUCCCCGCCUUUGAACCUCGGAACCUCCUCAGCCUAUUUGAGGACUCACUGGGCCCAACCUGAGUCUACAGGCCAGCCUCAAUGCUUUUAACCUUUUAGCCUCCCCCCCCCCCCCCAGUCCUCCUGGAGGCUGGGGUCCCUCUGGGAGCUCCAGGGGUGCCUCCUUGCCUACCCAUGUCUAAUAAAAGGUAUUUGAAUCUCGGGA